AUGAUGCUUGACGAAGAUACCUCUCUUCAUUCGUCAUCACCUGCUGGAAUGGUAACUGAAGCUAUACUUUCCUUUGAUCAUCGUAAACUUCAAGUUUAUCUUGAACAAUUGUUGCCCUUAGUUUUGGAUGCCGACGUUGAUGAUCUCGAAAAUACUCUUUUUACUUAUCCUGAUACUAUUGAAAAACUCAAGCGUUUUGCUAAUGAUCCACAAACGCCUGUUAUAUUUAUUCUUAAAGAAAAGGAAGUCAGUAACGAUGAAGAAGAUGUAUCAUCAUCUCCAAUUUAUUCCUAUUCGGCAUCCCAUGAAAUCACCUAUCUUCCAACUCAUGUAGGUUCUUUAGCUAUUAUUAAGCGUUUACCAACUUUAGACCCUUCGAGGCCACUUCAAAAUCAACUUCAAUUGAUUAAUCUACCCGGUGCAUCUAACUCGGGCGAACCUGGUCAAAUUAGUGCUUACGAAUUUUUGCAUUCCUAUAUUCAUUUUGCUGUCAGUCCUUAUUUUAACGCCUAUGUUAACGCUCGUCAUGGUAAAACAAAUGAAAUAAGCUCUAUAAAAAGUAAAAAUGAAGAUAAUAAAAUGGGGGUUCCUAUGGCCAAGAAGAAAAUGGCCGAACUCGAAUUGAGUUUACUUCACUUGCAACAAAAUGUCGAAAUUCCUGAAAUUUCACUCAACAUUCAUCCAGUUGUUCAAAAGGCAGUAGAUAAGUGUCGUGAACAAAAUAAACGGGUCACAGUUGAAGCUGUAGAUCCAAGCCUUUUUUCAGAUUCUUCUUUUCUUAAUAAACUUCAAAGUGAUGUCAAUGGUUGGAUUAAAGAAAUUCAAAAAGUAACAAAAAUGUCUCGUGAUCCUGCCAGUGGUACUGCUAUUCAAGAAAUUAACUUCUGGCUUAGUAUGGAAAGAGCUUUGGAGAAAAUUGAUGAGCAAUUAAAGAGUGAUCAAAUAACAUUAACACUUGAUAUUUUAAAACAUGCUAAGCGUUUUCACGCUACUGUCAGUUUUAUUGCUGAUACAGGUUUGAAAGAAGGAAUGGAGCUUGUCCAUAAAUACAAUCAAUUAAUGAAAGACUUUCCUUUAAACGAACUUUUGUCUGCAACCGAUUUGGAUAAAAUUAGAGAAUCUUUACAUUUGAUUUUUGGUCAUCUUAAUAAGAAACUUAAAUUAUCGCCUUAUCCAAUUCGUCGUGCAUUACCUUUAGUUGAAGCAAUUUCAAAAGAUUUAAACGAUCAACUAUUAAAAGUAUUGGGUAGUCGCCGUAUGAUGUAUAUGGAAUAUGAUGACUUUGAGCGUACAACAGCUGGUGCAGAAUCUGUUUUUCAUACCUGGGAUGAUUUGAUCAAAGAAUUCACGAAUGUAGCUAGAGAUGUAACUCGUAAACGAUCUGAAAAGUUUUUACCCAUCAAGAUUAACCCAGCUCACGCUAAAUUACAAGAGCGAGUCACCUUUGUACGCGCUUUUCGUAAACAGCAUGAACAGCUUCAUCAAACAAUUGUACGUGUAAUGACAAGUCCUCGUGCGAAAAAGGCAACUUUAGUUAUAGAUGGACAAGUAAAAAGCGUGUUGGAGGAAGAAGAAAGUGUCAGUAUUAGUGAUAUUAAUGCUGUAGAAGAAGUGAAACUGGCUUACGAGAGUGUAAAGAAUAUUGAUGUUCUUGAUGUCUCACCUGAAGGUACAGAGAUUUGGGUUCAGGCAGAAACAGCUUACAAUGAGCGAGUUUCUCGAGUCGAAAACCAAAUUAUUGCUCGUUUGCGUGAUCGACUAGGUACUGCCAAGAGCGCAAACGAAAUGUUUCGAGUCUUUAGUAAAUUUAAUGCUUUAUUUGUUCGUCCCAAGAUUCGUGGUGCCAUUCAAGAAUACCAGACACAGUUGAUCGAUAGUGUUAAGGAGGAUAUUAAUAAACUUCAUGAUAAAUUCAAGAUGCAAUAUAGAAAUUCGGAAGCAUAUCAUAUGGCUCAAUUGCGAGAUUUACCACCCAUUUCAGGUGCUAUUAUAUGGGCCCGUCAAAUUGAUCGUCAAUUAUCAUUAUAUAUGAAACGUGUUGAAGAUGUUUUAGGUAAAGGUUGGGAACUUUAUGCUGAAGGUCAAAAGCUUCAGAUUGAAAGUAGUAGUUUUCGUAAAAAGUUAGAUACGCGUUUGAUUUAUGAGAACUGGCUUCAGGAGAUCACUAAACGAGAUUUGUCCGUAUCUGGUCGUAUUUUUGAAAUUUCUCGCAAUCGAGUUCAAAAGAAUGCACUCCAACUAAAUGUUAAUUUUGAUGGACAGAUUAUAACUUUGUUUAAGGAAGUUCGUAAUCUGCUUUGGCUUAACUUUCAAGUCCCUCAUACAAUUUCGAAUGUAGCUAAAGAUGCCAAGCGUGUAUAUCCUUUUGCUGUUAGCUUGAUGGAAACUGUACGUACCUUUUCUCAAACUGUACAUAAGGUGAAUCGUAAUCCUGAAAUCUUGACAUUAGUUGCUGGCUACCGUCAUGAAGUGCACAAUAUGAUUACAAAAGGUAUCAACUUAAGAUGGGAUUACUUUGUCAAUACUUAUGAUGCUCACCAUCGUCCAUUAUCAUUUAUGACUGGUAUUCCUUUGGAUGCUCGUGAAAAUCGCCAUGUAAUGUUUGUUCGGGAAUUUGCAAAUGUUGUCUCUGUUUUCCAAGAUAAGGUAGAUGCACUAAUUGGAUAUUAUGAUGAAAUUACAAAGAGUGUUGAUGAAAUGAAAAUAUGCUCUUAUCAAGUUGAAUUAUUUGAGGAUAACUUGGGCCGUAUUCAAAAGCUAAUUGAUCGUUUAAAUCUUGAAAAUUAUUCUAAUCUUGAUCAAUGGGUAGCUGGAUUGGACAAACGUAUCGAGUCUGUUUUGAUCUCACGUUUACAACAGGCAAUCAAAACUUGGACAAAUGCAUUUAUGGGUGUUGCAAAUGAAGAUGUUAUUGUUCCUGAGACUAGUAUAUCAAAAAACAGACGUAAGAGAAGAGUAGGUCGUGAUAGCACAAUUAUGACUCUGGAAGAAAGCGCAUCUCAACAACAGCAAAAGGCACUUGACGUUAAGCCUGCCCUUCAAGUACUUGUACAUGAAAUUCGUAUCCGUAAUCAAGUUAUGUAUCUAGAUCCCCCUAUCGAACAUGCCCGUAGAAGCUGGUGGUUCCAACUUCAUGAAUGGUUAGCCAUUGUCUGUCAUUUGCCUCGUAUUCAAAGCUCCCGUUAUGAAGGAGGCUUGAGUGUUAAAGAUAAUCCAGCAAUGGAAAAAACAUAUGCUAGUUUACUUACGCGUAUGGGUGAUAAUUCUCUUGAAAAUGCAUAUCAAAUUGUCGAAGACAAGAUACGCCAAGUUUCUGAUUAUGUUCAUAUUUGGUUGCAAUAUCAAUCUCUUUGGGACUUGGAAUCAAGCCAUGUCUUUUCUAUUUUAGAAGAUGAUCUUAAUAAAUGGCAGCAAAUCCUCUUGGAAAUUAAAAAAGCGCGCUCUACUUUUGAUAAUUCUGAAACUGAACAGUCAUUUGGCCCUCUGGUAAUCGAUUAUGAACAAGUGCAAAGUAAAGUAAAUCAAAAAUAUGACCAAUGGCAACGUGAAAUUUUAAAUAAAUUUGGUUCGCUUUUGGGAACCUCUAUGAGAAAUUUUCAUACAUCUGUUUCUAAGGCUCGUUAUGAAUUAGAACAGCAAUCCAUUGAAAGCAAUUCAACAGGUGAAGCAGUUACAUUCAUUACAUUCGUACAGGAUUUAAAGCGUAAGGUCUCAAAAUGGAGUCAAGAUGUUGAUCUUUUCCGACAAGGACAAAAGACGUUAGAGCGUCAACGUUUCCAAUUUCCCAAUGAUUGGGUUUAUGUCGAUCAAGUCGAUGGUGAAUGGAGUGCAUUUAAUGAAAUAUUGAAUCGUAAAAAUAAUGCUAUUCAGGAACAGAUUGCUGGCUUACAAAUGAAGAUUGUUGCUGAAGAUAAAGUGGUAGAACAAAAGAUUCGUGAUAUUUGUGCAGAAUGGGAAAAGAGUAAACCCGUUCAAGGCGAGAUUAAACCCGACAUUGCUACUAACACCUUAUCCAUUUUUGAGGGCCGUGUCACUCGUCUUAAGGAAGAAUACGACAUGGUUUGUCGUGCCAAGGAGGCUCUUGACUUGGAGCAAACAUCUAAUGACCGUUUAGAUCCUGUGCUUGAAGAACUUCGUGAUUUAAAAUCUGUCUGGACUGCUCUUGCUCGUGUUUGGCAGGCUGUGUACGAAAUUCGUGAUACACCUUGGACCUCUAUUGUGCCUCGUAAAGUUCGACAGCAUAUUGAUGAGCUUGUUAAUUCAACAAAGGAAAUGCCUAAUCGUAUGCGUCAAUAUGCUGCAUAUGAAUAUAUGCAAGAUACUUUACGUCAACUCCUACGUGUCAAUCCUCUUGUAGGUGAUUUGAAAUCAGAAGCACUUCGUGAACGUCAUUGGCGUCAAAUUUUCAAAUCGCUUCGCGUUGAGGGCCGUUUUACACUCUCUGAAAUGACUAUUGGUCAUUUAUGGGAUCUUGAUUUGAAGCGUAACGAAGCUGUUAUUAAGGAUGUAAUUAUGCAAGCGCAAGGUGAAAUGGCUCUAGAGGAGUUUUUGAAACAAGUUAAAGAGACCUGGACGGGGUAUGUCUUAGAUCUCGUUAAUUAUCAGAAUCGUUGUAGACUUAUUCGUGGUUGGGAUGAUCUGUUUAACAAAACCAGCGAACAUAUUAAUUCACUUACAGCUAUGAAGCUGUCACCCUAUUAUAAGGUUUUUGAAGAAGAUGCUGCUGCUUGGGAAGAUAAACUGAACCGAAUUCAUGUCUUGUUUGAUGUUUGGAUUGAUGUUCAACGUCAAUGGGUGUAUUUAGAAGGCAUUUUUAGCGGUAGUGUAGACAUUAAACAUUUACUCCCUGUUGAAACAUCUCGUUUCCAAAGCAUUAAUACUGAAUUCUUAACUGUUAUGAAGAAGGUCUAUAAGUCACCAUUCAUUUUGGAUGUAUUAAAUAUUCCUAAUAUUCAAAAAUCUUUGGAACGCCUUGCCGAAUUAUUAAGCAAAAUUCAAAAAGCUCUUGGUGAAUACUUAGAACGUGAGCGUUCUUCAUUCCCACGUUUCUACUUUGUUGGUGAUGAAGAUUUGCUUGAAAUUAUUGGUAACAGUAAGGAUAUUUUGCGCAUUCAAAAACAUUUUAAGAAAAUGUUUGCUGGUAUUGCUACUAUUUUAUUGAAUGAAGAUCAAACAGCUAUUGUUGGUAUGGCUUCCAAGGAAGGUGAAGAAGUUACCUUUAAAACCCCAGUAUCUAUUAAAGAUAAUCCUAAGAUUAAUGAUUGGCUAACUAUUCUUGAAAAGGAGAUGCGUGUUUCCUUGGCUUUACUUUUAAAGGAUGCUGUUAUGGAACUUGAUACUAUUUAUAAUGCUGAUGAAAUGAACGCAGAUGAUUUUAUGGUAUGGAUUGAGCGUUAUCCCACUCAACUUGUUGUAUUAGCUGCACAAAUUAUUUGGACACAAUCCGUUGAUAAAGCAUUAACUGUAAUGAGUGAGUCAUCUGUGAUUGGUGAUCAAGCACCUCUUUCGCAAUCUGUUUCCCUUAUUGAAAGAAACCUUAACAUCCUAGCUGAUGCCGUCUUGUUAGAUUUACAAAUUAUUAAACGUCGAAAGUGUGAACAUCUUAUUACAGAACUUGUUCAUCAACGUGAUGUUACUCGUCACCUACUAGUUAAUAACAUUGCUUCACCAAAAGAUUUUAACUGGUUAUAUCAGAUGCGUUUCUAUUUCAACCAUGCAGUUGAGGAUCCUUUAGAACGGUUGACAAUUCAAAUGGCGAAUGCCCAGUUCUUCUAUGGCUUUGAAUAUCUUGGUGUUAUCGAUCGUCUUGUCCAAACUCCAUUGACAGAUCGUUGUUAUUUGACUUUGACUCAAGCCCUGGAGCAAAGACUUGGCGGCUCACCAUUUGGCCCUGCAGGUACAGGUAAGACCGAAUCCGUUAAGGCGCUAGGUGUACAGCUAGGUCGUUUCGUUCUUGUUUUCUGUUGUGAUGAAACAUUUGAUUUCCAAGCUAUGGGUCGUAUCUUUAUUGGUCUUUGUCAAGUUGGCGCAUGGGGUUGUUUUGAUGAAUUUAAUCGUUUAGAAGAGCGUAUCUUAUCUGCUGUUUCACAACAAGUGCAAACCAUUCAAUUAGGUCUUAAAGAAGCUACACAUAAUCCUAAUCAUGAAAUUGAACUAGUAGGCCGUAAUGUACGUGUUAAUAAAGAUACAGGCAUCUUUAUUACCAUGAAUCCUGGUUAUGCCGGUCGUUCUAACUUACCCGAUAAUUUGAAAAAACUGUUUAGAAGUAUGGCUAUGACUAAACCUGAUCGUGAACUUAUUGCACAAGUCAUGCUUUAUUCUCAAGGUUUUCGUACUGCUGAAAUGUUAGCCUCUAAGGUUGUUCCAUUAUUCAAUUUGUGUGCUGAACAACUUUCACCUCAAUCUCACUACGAUUUUGGUUUGCGUGCUCUUAAAAGUGUCUUAGUUAGCGCCGGUAAUUUGAAACGUGAUCGUUUAGCAUCUCUUCGUUUAGCAAUUGAGGAUGGUAAAGCUGAUAAAUCAGAAUAUACAACGAUAUCUGAGCCUGUGCCUGAACAACAAUUGUUAAUUUCCAGCAUUCGUGAGACAGUUGAACCAAAGUUGGUCGCUGAUGAUAUUCCUCUUUUAACUAGUUUACUUGCUGAUGUUUUCCCCGGUGUUCACUAUGCACCGGUUAAUUUGGACCGUCUUAAGGAAGAGCUACGCAAGGUUUGUCAAGAUCGUCGCUUAGUUGCCGGUGAUGCAUGGAUGGAUAAGGUAAUUCAGUUGUAUCAAAUUCAAAAUAUUCAUCACGGUUUGAUGAUGGUUGGUCCUUCUGGUUCUGGUAAAUCCACUGCCUGGAAGACUCUCUUGACUGCUCUUGAACGUGUGGAAGGUAUAGAAGGUAUUGCAUAUACCAUCGAUCCUAAAGCUAUUCCUAAGGAUGCACUUUAUGGUACUCUUGAUUCUACUACACGUGAAUGGACCGAUGGUUUGUUUACGCAUAUCCUUCGUAAGAUUGUUGAUAAUGUCCGCGGUGAAAGUCAAAAACGGCAUUGGAUUAUUUUUGAUGGUGACGUUGAUCCUGAAUGGGUUGAAAAUUUGAAUUCUGUUCUUGAUGAUAAUCGUUUACUGACUUUACCUAAUGGUGAACGUCUUAAUUUACCUCCAAAUGUACGUAUCAUGUUUGAAGUUGAAACAUUGAAGUAUGCUACUUUGGCUACAGUUUCUCGUUGUGGUAUGGUAUGGUUUAGUGAAGAUAUUAUCACUUUACCUAUGAUUUUCUCUAACUAUCUCGAAACAUUACGUAAUAUUCCUAUGGACGAAGUUGAAGAAGAAGGGCUUACUUUAUCUCGUCGUAAUGUUGAAUCUAAUGGUGCUAGUACAUCAACAUCUAAGAUUGAGGAUGGUACAACCAUUUCACCUAAUCUCGCUACGCAACGUGCAAUUGCUGCUAUUAUGGCUCCUGAUCUUUCUGACGAAGAUUGUUUAGUUGCCAAGUGCCUUGAUUACGCUUCAACUUUAGAACAUAUUAUGGACUUUACCCGAAUGCGUGUAUUGUCAACCUUUUUCUCUCUUCUUAACAAAACUGUUCGUAACGUUUUAGAGUAUAAUUCUCAACACCCUGACUUCCCAAUGACUAGUGAUCAUUUAGAAAAUUAUAUUACCAAGCGUGUUAUUUAUUCCAUUAUAUGGAGUUUCUCUGGUGAUGCUAAGCUUGACCUUCGUGCUGUCUUUGGUGAUUAUAUUCGUAGUGUUACAACAUAUGAAUUACCACCCAACUCUAAUGGUACAAACAUUAUUGAUUAUGAUAUUGCCGUCAAUACCGGACAAUGGGUACCAUGGGAGUCCAAAGUUCCUGUUGUUGAAAUUGAAACACAUAAAGUUUCUGAUGCUGAUAUGAUUAUUCCUACUGUGGAUACCAUUCGUCAUGAAGAAGUUUUAUACUCUUGGUUAUCUGAGCAUAAGCCUCUUAUUCUUUGUGGUCCUCCUGGUUCUGGUAAGACAAUGACUUUGUUUAGUGCACUUCGUAAACUUCCUGAUAUGGAAGUGGUUGGUCUUAACUUCUCAAGUGCUACUACUCCUGAAUUAAUUCUUAAGACUUUUGAACAACACUGUGAAUAUAGAAAGACACCUAAUGGUGUUAUUUUAUCACCUACUAUGAUUGGUCGUUGGCUUGUUGUGUUUUGUGAUGAAAUCAAUUUGCCUGCUACUGAUAAAUAUAAUACACAACGCGUUAUUUCCUUCUUGAGGCAAUUAGUUGAAUACAAUGGAUUCUGGAGAACAACUGAUAAAUCAUGGGUAACUCUUGAACGUAUUCAGUUUGUAGGUGCAUGUAAUCCUCCCACUGAUCCUGGCCGUGUACCUCUCUCACAUCGUUUCUUACGUUAUGCACCUUUGGUUAUGGUUGAUUAUGCCGGACAAUUAUCUCUUAUGCAAAUCUAUGGUACAUUUACUCGUGCUAUGCUUAAGGUUGUGCCUAACUUACGCGGUUAUGCUGAGCCUCUUACAGCUGCUAUGGUAGAGUUUUACCUUGCUUCUCAAAAACGAUUUACUCCUGAUAUUCAAGCUCAUUACAUUUAUUCUCCUCGUGAAUUGACACGUUGGGUACGUGGUAUUUAUGAAGCCAUUAAGCCUUUAGAAACAUUAACAUUAGAAGGACUUAUUCGUAUUUGGGCACAUGAAGCUUUACGUCUUUUCCAGGAUCGCUUAGUUGAUGAGGAAGAACGAAAAUGGACUGAUGAGAUGAUUGAUUCUAUUGCUAUCAAGCACUUCCCUACACUCAAUCAAGAAGAAGCACUUGAAAGACCUAUUCUAUUUUCUAAUUGGUUAUCAAAGUAUUAUGUUCCUGUUAAACGCGAACAAUUACGUGAAUUUGCCAGAGCCCGUCUUAAAGUCUUUUAUGAAGAAGAAUUGGAUGUUGCACUUGUACUCUUUAAUGAUGUGCUUGAGCAUGUUCUUCGUAUCGACCGUGUCUUUAGACAACCUCAAGGGCACUUAUUAUUGAUUGGUGUUAGUGGAUCUGGUAAGACUACCUUAUCACGUUUUGUUGCUUGGAUGAAUGGUUUGAGUGUUUUCCAAAUCAAAGUACAUAAUAAAUACACUGGUGCUGAUUUUGAUGAUGAUCUUCGUACUGUUUUGCGUCGUGCAGGUUGUAAGGGAGAAAAGAUUUGCUUCAUCAUGGACGAAUCUAAUGUUCUUGACUCUGGUUUCUUGGAACGUAUGAAUACACUUCUCGCCAAUGCUGAAGUUCCGGGUUUAUUUGAAGGAGAUGAAUAUGCUUCUCUUAUGACCGCUUGUAAGGAAGGUGCUCAGCGUGACGGCUUAAUGCUUGACUCUAAUGAAGAGCUUUACAAAUGGUUCACCCAACAGGUUAUGAGAAAUCUUCAUGUUGUAUUCACUAUGAAUCCUCCUGAAGGUGGUCUUGCUUCCCGUGCAGCCACAUCACCUGCUUUGUUUAAUCGUUGUGUUCUUGAUUGGUUUGGUGACUGGCCUGACCAAGCUUUCUAUCAAGUUGGUAUGGAGUUUACUAAAACAUUGGAUCUUGACGUUCCUAACUACACACCUCCUAUCAAUAUCCCAAUUGCCUACCGUAAUUUGCCUAUCCCUCCUAACCAUCGUGAAACAGUUGUUAAUGCACUUGUUUAUGUUCAUCAAUCUCUAUAUGAAAUUAAUGCUAAGCUUAGUAAACGCCAAGGUCGAUACAAUUACGUUACACCUCGUCAUUUCCUUGACUUCAUUUCGCACUAUGUUCGUCUCUACAAUGAAAAACGUGAAGAUUUAGAGGAGCAGCAACGUCAUUUGAAUGUUGGUUUAGAGAAAUUGAAGGAUACUGUCAUCAAGGUUGAAGAAUUAAGAAAGAGUUUGGCUAUCAAAGAGAAUCAACUUCAAUUGAAGCAAAACCAAGCUAAUGAGAAGAUUUCACAAAUGUUAGCUGACGAAAAGAUAGCUGAGCAAAAGAAAGCUGACUCACUUCAAAUUAAAGCCAAUUUGAAGAUUCAAAAUAAGGAAAUUGAAGCACGUCGUGCAGUUGUUGAUAAUGAUUUAGCUAAUGCUGAACCUGCAGUCAAAGAAGCUGAACAAAGUGUACGAAGUAUUAAAAGACAGCAUUUGACUGAAGUUCGUUCUAUGAGUAAUCCUCCUGAAGCUGUUAAACUUACUAUGGAGUCUGUAUGCACUUUACUCGGACAUAAAAUUGACAGCUGGAAAACUGUUCAAAGUAUUAUUCGUCGUGAUGACUUUAUUUCUAGUAUUGUCAAUUAUAAUACUGAACAACAUAUCACUAAGCAGUUACGUAAUUUCAUGCGCCAAAAUUUCUUUAAUAAUCCUAAUUUUGAGUAUGACAUCGUUAAUCGUGCAUCUAAGGCCUGUGGUCCACUUUUUAAGUGGGUCACUGCUCAAGUUAACUUUUCUGAAAUUUUAGAUCGAGUUGGUCCUCUUCGUGAGGAACUGAAUCAAUUACAAAAAAGCUCUGAAGACACCAAGAAUCAAGCAAUUGAAAUUGAACAAAUGAUUGUUGAACUUGAAGCUAGUAUUUCUCGAUAUAAAGAAGAAUAUGCUGCUCUUGUAGGCGAAACACAAUUAAUCAAGGCAGAAAUGGAGCGUGUGAAAUCUAAAGUUGAUCGUAGUAUUACCCUUCUUAGCUCAUUAUCAUCUGAAAAAACACGUUGGGAGUCUGCAAGUCAAGCAUUUGAAAGCCAAAUGGGUACUAUUGUGGGUGAUGUUCUUCUUGCCGCUGCAUUUAUUGCCUAUGGUGGUUACUUUGAUCAGCAGUACCGUGAUAUUUUGCUUCAAAAAUGGAUGGAUCAUCUUUCAUCAGCAAAUAUUCAAUUCAAGCAUGAAGUUUCCUUGACCGAAUAUCUUUCUACAGCCGAUGACCGUCUUUCAUGGCAAGCCAAUUCACUACCAGCAGAUCAGCUUUGUAUUGAAAAUGCUAUUAUGCUUAAGCGUUUUAACAGAUAUCCCUUAAUUGUUGAUCCUUCUGGUCAAGCCACUAAUUUCUUGAUAAAUGAAUAUAAAGAUCGCAAGAUUACUGUUACUAGUUUCUUGGAUGAUUCUUUCAUUAAGAACCUUGAAAGUGCGUUACGUUUCGGUAACCCUAUUCUUAUUCAAGAUGUCGAACAUUUGGAUCCUAUUUUGAACCCUGUUCUUAAUAAAGAACUUCGUCGUACCGGUGGCCGUGUCUUAAUUCGUUUAGGUAAUCAGGAUAUUGAUUUCUCACCUGCGUUUACAUUAUUCCUCUCUACUCGAGACCCUUCUGUUAAUUUCCGACCUGAUAUUUGUUCUCGUGUUACUUUUGUUAAUUUUACUGUUACUCGUGGUAGCUUGCAGAGUCAAUGUUUGAAUAAAGUACUGAAGGCUGAGCGUCCGGAUGUUGAUCAGAAGCGUACUGACUUAAUCAAAUUGCAAGGAGAAUUCCAGCUUAGAUUACGCCAUCUUGAAAAAUCGCUACUACAAGCCUUGAACGAAUCUAAAGGUAAUAUCUUGGAUGAUGAUAAAGUUAUUGAUACUCUGGAAACGCUGAAGAAAGAAGCUGCUGAAAUUACUCAUAAGGUGGAUGAAACAAACACUAUAAUGCAAGAAGUGGAGCAAACAACUGCUAUUUAUACACCUUUAGCACAAGCUUGUAGUUCUAUUUUCUUUGUUAUGGAGCAACUAAAUUUAAUCAAUCACUUUUAUCAAUUCUCACUCGAUUUCUUCUAUGAAAUUUUUGAAUAUGUUAUUCAUGCUAAUCCAAAUUUGAAGAGUGUGACAGAUCCUACGGAGCGUUUAGAGAUUUUAUCGCGUGAUUUAUUUUCUGCUGCUUACAAACGUGUCUCCCGUACCUUAGUACAUGAAGAUCAUACUAUGUAUGCAGUUUUACUAUGUCAAAUUCGUAUUCGUGGUGCUCAAGAAAAUAUGGAUGAGACUGAGUACGAUUUCCUUUUAAGUGGUGGUGAUGCCGUUGUUGGGUCUACUUUAACCGCAGCUAAUUUAAAUUUGCCUGACUUCAUUUCUGAUGAAACUGCACAGCGUAUUAAAGAAUUCUCAACACUCAAUUGCUUCAAUAAGUUAGUGGAUCAUAUUGUUGCAAAUGAGAAUAAAUGGAAAGAAUUUUUGGAACAUAAUCAGCCAGAAACUAUUAUACCUUUAUGUUGGGAAGGAGCAGGAAUAAAUCAUACACUGGACUCUCUUCGUAAAAUGUUGGUCAUCAAAUGCUUCAGACCUGAUCGCCUUCUACCUGCCACCUCUAUCUUUGCGUCCGAAAUCUUUAAUGCUGAUUUUAUGAAUACUGGUGAAUUAAACUUACAGCAAAUCGUUAAUGAGGAAGUUGGCAGUUCUACUCCCUUAGCACUUUGUUCAGUUCCAGGCUAUGAUGCUAGUUAUCGUGUUGAUAAUCUUGUUUCCGAAAUGAAUAUGCGUUGUACGUCAGUUGCUAUGGGUUCUACUGAAGGCUUUGCUUUAGCUGAUCAAGCUAUUGCCGCAGCUGUCAAGACUGGUAACUGGGUUAUGUUAAAGAAUGUUCAUUUAGCUCCCUCUUGGCUUGGUCAACUUGAAAAGAAACUGCAUAGUAUGAAGCCUCAUCGUAGUUUCCGCCUCUUCUUGACAAUGGAAACAAAUCCUAAAGUUCCUGUCAACCUCCUUCGUAUGUCUCGUAUUUUGAUGUUUGAACCACCACCAGGAAUUAAGGCUAAUCUUCAAGAAUCACUUCGCAGCAUUCCUCUUUCUCGUUUAUCUCGUGGUCCUACUGAGCGAGCUCGUCUUUACUUUAUGCUGGCUUGGUUACAUGCAAUUGUUCAGGAACGUCUUCGCUAUGUUCCUCUGGGUUGGACUAAAGUUUAUGAAUUUAAUGAUUCUGAUCAAGAUUGUGCAUUUAAUACUAUUGACAAAUGGCUUGAUACUGCAGCAGGAGGUAGAGCUAAUAUCUCACCAGAAAAAAUUCCCUGGGAUGCUAUUCGUUCACUUUUGAAACAAUCUAUCUAUGGAGGACGUAUUGAUAAUGAAUACGAUCAACGACUUCUGGAUUCUUUUGUUGACUCAUUAUUUACUCCUGAAUGCUAUAAUAUUGAUUUCGAACUUGUUAAGAGUAAUGGGGAAAAUGAAAAGGCUAUUAUUGUACCUGAUGGAAUAAAGAUGGAACAAUUUAUGGACUGGGUUAAUAAACUUCCUGAUCGAGAACCCCCUACAUGGCUUGGUUUGCCUUCAAACGCUGAGCGUGUCUUAUUGACAUUAAAGGGUAAUAAUAUGUUAUCCAAGGUACGCAGGAUGAAGAGUUUGAGUGAUGAUGAUGAAACAGCUUAUACACAAGACACAAACGAUAGUAAUAACAAACAGGCAACCACUAGUACUCAACCUGCUUGGAUGCGUGCGCUGAAUACAUCUAUUUCUAAUUGGUUAGCUCUACUACCAUCUACAAUUAAAGCCACACAACGUGAUAGUGCAGGUGUAAUGGAUCCUCUCUUUAGAUUUUUUGAACGUGAAAAUCAAAUUGCACGUAAAUUACUUUCAAUCAUUCGUGAAGAUUUGACAUCUUUGCAGAAGGUGUGUGUAGGAGAAUUGAAGCAAACAAAUCAUUUACGACAAUUAAUGAACUGGUUGAACAAAGGUCUAAUUCCCGAACAUUGGAGACGAUACAAGGUGCCUAAGAGUAUCUCAUUAAAUGCCUGGCUUGCUGAUCUUAAAUUGCGACUUGAACAAGUAGAAUCACUUGCGAAUGAAAUAAACUUUGAACAAGUUGAAAUAUCAAUUGGUAGCUUAUUUGCACCUGAAGCUUAUAUUACGGCAACAAGACAAGCAACAGCACAACGUUAUAAAUGGUCAUUAGAAGAACUUGUGUUGGAUAUUGAUAUUGGGGAUAAUAAUAGUAAUCAAAACUUACAGGGUUAUUGUGUAAAUGGAUUAAAGAUAGAAGGUGCUAACUGGGUUGAUAAAGAAAUUCGUUUAACCUCAGAGCCUAUUAAUAAGUUACCCAAGACCACUCUUCGAUGGAUUAAAGCAGAUCAAAAACAAGAUAAUGAAACUAUAGUUGAAUUACCUGUUUAUCUUAACUCCGAUAGAACAGACUUAUUAUUUACAAUUAGUGUUCCUACGACUGCAGAGGAGAAAGACAGAAUUCCUCAACGAGCUGUUGCAGUUGUAAUUUCCUUCUAA